AUGGAAUUUUGGAAUGCUACCACCAUCAUGGAGUUCCAACUCCUAGGCUUUCAGAACAUCUCUGAGUGGCAAAAUUUUCUCUUUGCCAUUUUCCUGUUCUUCUACAUUCUGACCAUAAUUGGUAAUAUCCUGAUCAUUGUAGUGGUGAGCCAGGAUCAACGCUUGCAUUUACCUAUGUAUUCUUUUCUCAAACACCUCUCUUUUUUGGAGAUCUGGUACACCACUACCAUUGUUCCCCUUCUCUUGGCCAAUCUGCUCUCCCAGGGCUUGUCAAUAUCUUUCUCAGCAUGCAUGAUCCAACUUUACUUUUUUGUAUUUUUUGGCGCUACUGAAUGCUUUCUACUGGCCAUGAUGGCUUAUGAUCGUUAUCUAGCAGUCUGUAACCCUCUCCACUACACCACACUGAUGAGUUCUGAGGUCUGCAUCAAGUUGAUUUUGGGAUCUUGGAUAACUGGGAUUGGUACUGGCUUCCUGCCUGCCUUAAUGAUCUCUCAGCUGAAUUUUUGUGGGUCAAACCAAAUCAAUCAUUUCUUCUGUGACCUCCCACCCCUGAUGCAGCUCUCCUGCUCCAGUACAUUCAUCACUGAAAUUACAAUCUUCAUCCUGUCCAUUGCUGUACUGUGUAUUUGUUUUCUUCUCACUUUGGUCUCUUAUGUGUUCAUAGUGUCCUCAGUAUUGAGGAUUCCUUCAGCCUCUGGUCGGAUAAAGACAUUCUCUACAUGUGGUUCCCAUCUAGCUGUGGUCACUAUCUAUUAUGGGACCAUGAUUUCCAUGUAUGUCUGCCCCAAUGCCGAUAAGUCACCUGAACUCAACAAGAUUAUUUCUAUAUUCUACACAGUGGUCACACCUUUGCUAAAUCCUGUCAUUUAUAGUCUGAGAAACAAAGACUUCAAAGAAGCUGUCAGAAAAGUCAUCAAAAGGAAGUGCAGUAUGUAUAGUGUAUGA